AAACUGAAAGUUAAACGGGCUGCUGAAUCUUGGUGCUUUAAAAGAGGAAGACAGAGCAAGAACCUCGGUGCUAAUUUCAUUUGUAGUGUUUAAACCAAGAUCAAGUUUGUGGACAGAGAGCAAACCUCGUCUGAACCAGAAUGACGACACAAGAUCAGGAUGACAAGAGCUACGACCCCAACGAUACGACGCUGACAUUUGUCAACAGGAGGGAUGAGCUGGAUCCAUUAUCCGGUGAUGACAGUCUCGUAGCAGAGAUGUCCUGCGGUCAUGCCGUCACAGCGGAAUCUCUGACCGGAUGGUGCCGCAGUCUGCUGGAUCAGGGCCAAUACAAAUUUAAGUGUCCUGCUUUAAAUGAGGACACCUACGAGACGUGUGGUGAAGUGUGGUCAUAUCCAGAGGUGCGCAGGCUGGCAGCACUGACAGUUGAAGAGAUGGCCUACUUUGAAGAGAAGAUUGCCCAGCUGGCAGCCAGAGACUACUGUGAGCUGAAAAUAUGUCCUGGUUGCAAGACUUAUGUGGAGAGAGAGGACCUGACUAACCUGAGUGUGAGGUGCACAAUCUGUACAGCAGACAACAACAAAGCGUAUGAGUUCUGCUGCCAGUGUUUGAGGCCGUGGAAAGGUAGAGCUCCACGAUCAGACCGCUGUGAUAAUGAUGGCUGCGUAAACCACGAACUCGAAGUUCUCAAGAACUGCGAGACUACUGAUCUCCCUGAGGUUCGGGGGGUCGAUGCCUGUCCCUCCAUCCGGGCCUGUCCCACCUGUGGUGAGAUAGUGGAGCACGACAAAACAGGCUGCAAGAACAUCACCUGUCCUCGCUGUCAGAAAGAGUUCUGCUUUGUGUGUCUGAAACUCACUCCUGUGUGCUUGAAAACCAGCACUCACUUCAUCCCCUGCAGUGAUGGUGUGGCUCCCAGACAAACAUCAAUACCUGUGUGGCGCAGAAAGUAGCAGACAACACAGACUUUAUGUACUCUUCUCUCAUACCUGACUUUCCUUUAGAAUUGAAUUGUCAUUCUGGUAAAACCUAAACAGAAAGCUGGAGCAGAACGCUUCCUGCGUUUCUAACUUCUUUAUGAAUGUUUCCACAAAGUCUUGAAUUAUGCUGAUGUCCCAUUAAUUAUUUUUAUGCCUUUACUUCAGACUGGCAACCUGUCCACUGCAGCUGCAGCAGGAGCGAUUAUUUCCAAACGGUUUUUAAAGUUUUAUUUAGAGAUUUUCAAAUUCUUAAAGUGAACUUUGUUUUCAUGCAUUGUUUUAACCGAAAGCUAUUAUUGUUAAAAGCAACAUUGCUCACUGUGUUGCUUUAGCUGUGCUUGUGUUUAUAAGUACCUGAGCAGAAAUAAGUCAAAUGUCAGCUGCUGAUGAAGUCCAAGUUUAGUACAGUUCAUAUAAAGGGCACACAAAAGCCAGAGAAUGUACAAUAAAGUCACAAUUGUGAUUUUUUUUUAAUGGUCUCAUAUUUUACCCUCUGCUUUCAUUAUUAUUAUUAAUGUAAAAAAUUUGAAGGCAGACCAUUUAGCUAUUCAACAAAAACAAUUUGGUUUCAUGUCUUUGUUUAAUUUGCAAAGUAAAGAAGCUGAAAGAAUAUCUUCUACAUGGUGACUCCAUUAUUUUGGCCAGUGGUUGAACAACAUGAACCAGACUUACCAAUAAAAUGCUGCUCACGCAUGAA